GUGGGGAUUGCGCCACUCCCAGAACCGAUAACGAUGAGUCAAAAGACCAAGACCAUCGCCAAAAUAUCCGCACCAUUACGCUUUUUCUUACCAGUUCUCUCUCUGUCUUUUGCUUCUUUUCAUUUCCCUCUCUUGGCGGAAGUCUAUGCAUAGCUCUUUCUUUUGUUUCCCGCCCAAGAUCUGCGUCUAGACAGAAACCAGAGGAACCCCGCCAUCAUCCUUAUCAGUGAAUUAGCAGAAGAACAAAGUGACAAUGCGUCCUCCACUCCGCAUCGCCAUCCUCGAAUGCGACACGCCGGCGGACAAAGUCAAGGCAAAAUACGGAACCUACGGCGACAUAUUCGAAAGGCUCCUGAAAUCCAGCGCGCUAUCUCUAGGAGAAAUCAAUCCAGACACGGAUCUCGCGAUAUCGAAAUUCGAUAUUGUCAAUGACACGAAGUAUCCCAACAUCGACGAUAUCGAUGCUGUGCUUUUGACAGGCUCAAAGCACGAUUCGUUCGCCGAUGUACCUUGGAUUAAUACACUUGUUGAAUUUACAAAGAAGGUGUACUCCGAUGAGCGCGUGAGGUUAAUAGGGGUAUGUUUUGGGCAUCAAAUUAUUGGCAGAGCGCUUGGCGUUCCAGUCGGUCGAAGUGACAUCGGAUGGGAGGUGGCAGUAUGCGAGGUAGAUCUGACAGAAAAGGGCAAGGAAUUGUUUGGGAAAGAAAAGCUUUACAUACACCAAAUGCACAGGGAUAUAGUGGGAGCGUGGCCCAAAGGCGUUGAGCCACUCGGAACCUCACCUCGCUGCACGGUACAAGGAAUGUAUGCAGCGCAAAAGCUGAUUACAGUCCAGGGUCAUCCCGAAUUCAAUAGUGAAAUCAUGCUGGAAAUUUUGGAUGGGCGUCAUAAGCUAGGGAUCUUCUCUGCGGAGGUGUACAACGAGGCUUCGUCAAGAGCAGCAAAUGUGCACGAUGGUCUGGCGGUUGGAGCUGCAUUUUUGAAAUUCUUGCUGGACGAUUGAAUCAAUUAUUUGUUACACAUAGCUAGUCUUGAAAUUUGGCAAUUCACAUUGGAUAUCAAUAGAUAGAGUAAUAUACAACA